ACGCGCAUCCAGCUGCCUGUGUGGUCUCUGCGCUCGUUCACGUGCAUGUAAACACCUGACCACUGCAGGGAGACACGGACGGCGCUGCUGGUGUCUGAUGACAGAAAGAAUUCUCCUUUUUUUCACCCUCCUUUUAUCGGAGCCGUGUGUGCCCGCAUGGCGGAUGUGGGGGUGUUUGCGGCGGAGCGGGAUCAGACUGCGCUGCGGGACUACAGGCGGCGCACUCGGCUCUACUGCAUGAAUGGCGGACAGCACCUGCAGAUCCUGCCUGAUGGGACGGUGCGGGGCCACAGGAGGAAGGAGGAGGAGGAGGAUGCUCACACUGUUUUAAAGAUCAAAGCUGUUGACCGGGGUGUGGUGGUCAUCCAGGGAACAGAAGCGGGCCGAUAUCUGGCAAUGAGCGAUGAGGGACGUCUGUACAGCUCACCCACAGUCACUGAUGAAUCUUACUUCCUGGAGAAACUGGAGGAGAAUCACUACAACACAUACCAGGCUCAGAAAUAUCAGGAGAGGGGCUGGUACGUGGCUCUGAAAAAGAACGGAAAACCUAAGGUGGGUCCAAGAACUCACAUCGGACAGAAGGCCGUCUUCUUCCUGCCCCGCCAGCUGGACGGCUCCGGAGAGUAAAGAUGUUUUUCUCCAACUCUGCUAAAAAGGACCGGAGGCUGCUUAAGGAAAAUAUUUGUUUUUGUGAAAGAAGAUGUGAAGAGGUAUGAAGUGCUGGACUGCAGGGGAAAGCAGUGGUCCUGUUCUGAUGUCUAUUUAUCAGAGAAAUCACGAGCUACACUUUUCCUUUUAUUACUAACAAUGAUCUUUUUCUCAAAAACACAUGUAUUCACAACAUCCACGUCCUAUUUUAAUGAGUGAAUCCAGGUCAUCUCACGUCGACACCAUCACUGGUGUCCAGUCUUCUUUUUAACAUGAAAAAAGAACACGGUACGGAUACUCUGCUGAUAUCAUACUAUUUAUAUUAGUUGUUCUCAAACCAAAGGUCAUUUUGGUUGGUUGUGAGGCAUGAAAAAUAAACACUACCACCUUCUUCUUUUCUUUUCUUUUUGUAGCAGACAGAAAAAAACUGUUUCCAGAUGUGGAUAGAAAUUGGUGGGAAUUGGUAAUUUAUUUCUCAUGAGGCUCUGUAUUGAGGUAUCAUGGCAGGAACUGCUUCAAAAAGAUCACUAUGACCUAAGAGAAAUAUUAAAAACGUCCCGUUUCCUCAUACUUCAUGGCACUGACUUGAAUGUUUAAUGACACACGAUGUAACUCGACGUUCACAUGCUCCAAGUCCUGUCUCGUUCGAUUUUCCUGUCAUUUAUUUCAUCCUGGGGGUGAAAAAUUAAACCAAGUCGAUAAAACUUUCAAUAUAUAAAAGCUUCAAAGUCAUGUAUGGGCAGAAAUAGAGACCACAGCUGUCAGCUGUGAAUAAAAAGUCACAUUAACACAGUUUCACCUCCAGUCUGCUGUUACUUUUCAAAAUGACCCAAAUUUGUGUGAGUGUUGAGUUUUGCCACAGCACUUUAGUUUUCUAACCCUCACAUGUAAAUAACAGCAGAUGAUAAACCUCCUCUCUGGGUUUGGAUUAUAUAAAAAGUCACACACAGCGGUUAUUAUUCCGGACAAGAGAUGAGACUCGUUCAAAGUGACAUUUAUUCAACACUAAACAUUUUCUGUACAGUUUCAUAACAACAAAACCCCAAGACUGCAGCUCUACAUCACACAGAAAUAAGCAUAAUGGGGUCUGUGUCAAAGCCAUGGCAGAAGUAUGCAGUGAAAGAUUCAUGGGAAACAUUUCAAUUUGCUGGAUCAGCCUUAGAUCUAAAUGAACUCCAACUGACAGUUUUUGAUUCAUGAUUAAGUGUGCAGUAUCAUUACUGACUUACCAUUUCCUCCUGAUUAAAAACACACACAAAGAAAAUACAUCUUUCUUUGCUGCAUCAUAAAGUUUAUGACUUCCAUGUGUGAGACUUGUUGAAAACAUCCUUUCUGGGUUUUAUCAGCUAUGUUUCUAAAAGUGCACCUGCAUACAACAUUCUUUGAUAUAUAUUUAAUAUCCACAAAAUAGCUGACAUUUUGCAACUCAUGACGACUUUUCGAAAAAAGAAAAGGAAGAAAAGAAAAGGUUGAGCCCCUUCUCUGCCUAAAAUAUGAACACCGCCCCCAAUUGGUGAAUUAAAUGUUAAGGCAAAGACCAAAUUGGAAAAAGACUCUUGGAUAAUGUGCUCCUAAUGCUUCAGCCAGAUCAUUAGCAGCUGAAACACCGACAGCCAAAGACCGUUUUCUCCAAUUAUAGAGUUUUUUUUGCUGACGGUGACUGUGACUGUGACUCCUAAUCCACUGACUCACUGCUGAGUCACUCAAAGGUCACGCUGUUUUAGGCAACGUAAAGCAGAAAAUCUGCUCCUGCACCUAAUUUUGGUUGCGGUCACUGUUCGAAAACCUGUGUCCCCUCACGGUCAGCUGAGCUGUGCGGGAACCAUCACCUGACUUUUGUUGUCAUGUGGUGUUUAGUUGCUGCUUGUUCUUAUUUAUUUAGAUUUAUUUUCAAAGCAACGUUAUCUUUGAUCUUAUAUGCAACUUAAAAUCUCUUUUUCCAACAAGGUUAGUUUCACCUGUCUCAAUGUACAACAAAACAUUUUAGAGGCAAAGCCGUAACAUUUAACACACAGUUGUCGUGUCAAUGUGCUUUUUGUGUGUGUCGUGUUCAAAGCCCCUGAUGAACAGGUUUUACAAUGUUUAAAAGGUAAAAGGGAGAAAAAAAACACUGCCAUCUUCUGGCUAAAAAGGGCAACACUAUUUAAAGCCAACAGGUGAGUGGACUACUGUACUGUGUUGAUGCAUAUAAUAGCAUUCACAACCUAAUUUGCCUUUUUAAGUGUAUGUGUGGUGUCUACAAACAGCCCAUAAUAGUCACAAUUAAAAAUUUUGUGCAGAUUACACUAACAAGUGUAUUACAUGCUAUGAUCAGCCUUCAGAGUGCUGUAUUAUACAUGAUACCUGUUGGCUUCAAGUGUUACCAACACGAGACUCUCCUACUUAACGGACUUCGAGGGCAGACGCAUGCUCGUAUGCUACCAUCAAAUGAUAUAAGGCAUUACUUAAACGUUACAGACUGAGAUUUAAAUAGCACUUAACAUUCACCACUAAUGAGUACACUGAGGGACUAUUACUGUUAACAUUUUCCCAUUAAGUUUCAAAACAAAAUAAAACAAGUGAUACGAUUCCUGAAUAUUUUAUUGAGACUCAACUUCACCUAUAACUCGUCUGUUGGAUUUCUCGUGGAGCAUCUUCAGUUUCAA